AGAAAAGAAGACCGUUCAUCGAUAUUGCUGCAUCAUUUACACAUUUCAAAGUUUCAACAAACAAAUACUACCACCCUCUAUACACAGAGAGUUACAGUGUCUCUUCACUCUCUCUUACUAUCACUAUACCCCUACCCCUUUACCUCUUUACCCCUUUACUCCCUUGCCCUUUUCUUCCAGGCACAUAGAUAGGGACCUCAUUUUGGCCUAUUCUUUUCUCUUUGCAGAUUUGAAGGGAUAACAUUAGCAUUCUUGAUAACUAUACUUAGGGAUAAUAUUAGACUUCAAAUCUUUGUUGUUGUUUUUUGUGCUUGCUAGAUGCAACAAUGGUGGCUGGUAAAGUAAAAGUGGCUAUGGGUUUACAGAAAUCACCUGCAAAUAAUCCAAAGCCAUUGAAGCAAGAUUCAUCUCCUAAGCCUCCUACUCCUUCACCCAGUUGCCCAAAACAGCAAACUCCAAAAGGUGCUGUGUUUUCUCGCUCUUUCGGUGUUUACUUUCCUCGUUCCUCUGCUCAAGUCCAGCCUCGUCCGCCCGAUGUUGCGGAGCUGUUGCGGAUAGUCGAAGAGUUGCGUGAAAGAGAGUCGCGUUUGAAAACAGAGCUACUUGAGAAGAAACUUCUUAAAGAAUCAGUUGCUAUACUUCCAUUGUUGGAGAGUGAGAUUAGUGUAAAGGAUGCGGAAAUUGAUCGAAAAGGUCGGAUGAUUGAAUGCUUGGAAAUGGAGAAUGAGAGACUUAGAGAAGAAGUGGAGAUGUUACAUAUUGAGUUAUCGAAGCAAAAUGGGAGGUAUGAUGAGAGGAUUAAAGCUAUGGAAGCUGAAAUUUCCGAGCUGAAGAAAGCUAAUGAAGAGUUAUCAUCAGCAUCAAAUGGUGCUCAUAACAAGUCUAACCUCACCAAGUAUUUGAGAAAAUGCGUGACUCAACCCAGCAUUACUGUAACUUCAAAACCCGAAUGUGAAGUGAAAGAGGAAACUGUAAGCGCAUUGGAAAUGUGUGAAAGGCCUAGACAUUCACGGUCAAAUUCAGAUGAGUUAGCUGAGAUUUCCGUUGGGAUUAUGAGUUUAAGAUCACGAGUUCCUCGUGUUCCUAAACCGCCACCACGGCCAUCUUCUGCACUAUUGCCAUCAUCUUCAUCAUCGUCGUCUUUAUCGUCCUCUUCGUCUUCUCCUUCGUAUAGUUCUUUAUCAGAUUCAGCUGAACGUGCAUUGGCUGAAAUUUCCAACAUUCCCGCUCCACCUCCACCACCUCCGCUACCAGCACCUGCGCUCAAAGCGGCAGCAGUUCCACCUCCUCCUCCUCCACCGCCGCCACCGCCAUCAGCACCGGCGCCUAAAGUUUCGUCAAAAGCAGGACCACCGCCACCUCCACCACCACCGCCUCCGAAAGGCUUAAAGCCUUUACCAGCAAAAGUUAGGCGGAUACCUGAAGUAGUUGAGUUCUAUCACUCGUUAAUGCGGAGAGACUGCCGGAGAGAUUCCGGUGCCGGAGUUGGUUCCGUCGCCGAUGCUCCAGCGACGGCGAAGGACAUGAUCGGAGAAAUUGAGAACCGUUCGGCGCAUUUACUUGCAAUUAAAACAGAUGUUGAGACACAAGGAGAUUUUAUUAGGUUUUUGAUCAAAGAAGUAGAACAUGCUGCAUUCACAGACAUUGAGGAUGUUGUGCCUUUUGUAAAGUGGCUCGAUGACGAGCUCUCUUACCUGGUUGAUGAAAGGGCUGUUCUGAAACACUUUGAAUGGCCUGAGCAAAAGGCUGAUGCAUUGAGAGAAGCUGCAUUUGGAUAUUGUGAUUUUAAGAAACUUGAAUCCGAGGCAUCAUCCUUUCGUGAUAAUCCCAGACAACCCUGUGGCACAGCUCUUAAGAAGAUGCAGGCCUUAUUUGAGAAAUUAGAGCAUGGAAUUUACAAUCUUUCAAGAAUGAGAGAAUCAGCUACAAAGAGAUAUAAAGUCUUCCAAAUUCCAAUUGAGUGGAUGAUGGAUACUGGUUUUGUUACUCAGGGCACUUCCCAAAACGCUCUAGGUAAUGGUUCGUAGAACACUGAAGCUAGUUCGGUUGAAGUUUCUUCGUACUUGCCUCUGCUUCGCAAAGCUGGGUAAACACAAUGAGUGAUUUUUAUUAGAUUCUCUUGGUAUAAUUUCAUACUUCGUUCUGAAAACCAGUUACUGUAACAGAUCUCUCUAUUCUUUAUCAUCAGGUUAUGACUAGAGGAAAAGCAAUAUAAAUGGUUCUUGGUCUUACUAAUCUGUACCGUGGAGGUUUUCGUUGAAUAAUGGAUAGACAAAGGAAAUAGCACUGGAUAAAAUCUGUAUUAUAUUAUUCGAUUGUUACUAGAUGACAAUUUAUGGGGAAGUUCUGCAUUAUUAAUAAAAAGCCCAUGCCUGCGUGAGCACAUGUCAAGUCUCUGUUCUCCAAAACAUAUUUGCUUGUCUGCAUCCCUUUUUAUGCCAGUGUUUGGUGGUAGUAAGUAGAAAAAAAGGAAUCAGAUUCUUAUAUGUUGACCUUUUAUAGAUCCCUAUGAUUUUUAUAAUGUCACACUAAGAUAGAUCUGCAUAUUUUAAUGGCACAUUAACUUCUUUAUUGUGUUUUGUCUUAGCAGUCAACAGCGAACAAAGAGCCCUCUAGCAGGAAGAAAUUUCCUAAUUGGCAAAAACUUGAUUCUUUACUUUUGCUUUCAUGGUUUUCAAGAUCUAUCAAGAUUUUAAAAUGCUUAUAAAAUUUGUCCACAAUAUAAUUGAACCACAUUACACCUUCGUACAGCGGGUAACCCGCUAGGCUCAGUUAGGGACCCGUGGCGGAGACCAAUAAAAAAAUUAUUUUCUUUCUGAAUUUUUUUUAGGUCAAUUAUUGAGCUAGUCAAUUGAGGUUUCUGCACAGUGAUAUGGGCAUGUAUGAAACUAUCUAGUCUGCUGGUCUUUUUCCUGCAAAGAUAACAUAAUUAAGAGCAGGCAAAAGUUCACAGACAUUCUGCUUGCCUGCACAAUUACUGGUGUCCCUCUUAUUUUCACUGUUAUGUGGGGCUAAUCAUUGCAUUACCAAUCUCCCCCUUUCUUGCAAACCGUGUGGUGUGGUCUCAAAUUUUGUACCAUGCAGCUGCUUUGAUUGAGAAAUAACACAAAGAAGGACCCCGAUGAUAACGUGAGGUAGUUGUGUUGUUUUCUUUGCAUUAUUGCAGAUCAAGCUGGCAUCAGUAAAAUUAGCCAUGAAGUACAUGAAGAGGGUAUCAGCAGAGUUAGAAAUGGUUGAUGGUGGUCCC